CCAUUUUGUUGCAAUUCAGACGGAGUCGAGAGAGGGAGACUUGGCCCUUAUACGGCCUGUUUUACACCACAUUAGCUUUGAAGGUGACGGAUUUUUUUUAGGAACUACAGCUCUGUUGUUCUUCUUACAUAGUCCGCCGAGGGAUAUUACGAAGGCAUAUCUUGUAUUCACUGUGGAGACGGAUUUCAUCGACCGAGCCAGGAGAAGUCGGUCCUUCGGCUUCUUGGAGCACCGUGUGCCGCCGAGGUUGAGUUGAUGUUCAGCUCGGCUCCACGAGAAAACAACGCUCAUUGGCACAUGAAAACCUUAGACCCUGCUGGACAACAAAGUGCAGCGAGAAGUAGCUUGAUAACUACUUCGAGGACCUGGGGCCCGAUCGGAGGUGAAAGAUUGAAGAGAGAAAUCCGUGUCGUCAACUUUCUCACAACAAAGAGGUGACACGUAGUGCAGAUACAAUAUGGGAGGUGGAGAGAGAUACAACAUUCCAGUUUCCCACCCUGAGCGUCCUCUGCCUAAGAAGAACCACCAGCUUAGCAGGGCAAAGCAGAGAAGCCGUGAUCAGAACGGAGCAGCAGCAUCUGCAGGAGGGGUAGGGGGCCUUCACCACCAUGGCCACCGCAGGAGCGACAAAUGCGCAGCCUACCACAGGUCUCCAGAGGCGCGGCAGGCCGUGUCUGCAGAGAAGAGUGCUUCUGUCCGUUUUGCCACCAAUUAUGAUCAGAACUGGGAAGGUGCAGUGUCUCACCUCAACACGUUCCUGGCCACUCAAGGGAGUCCGAGCUACGCGGGGCCUAAGUUCAGCGAGCCACCCUUGCCUAGCGUGUUGCCCAAACCCCCCAGCCACUGGGUGUCCUUCCCUAUGGGCUCAUGUGAUAACAGGGAGAUGAUGACUUUCCAGCUCAAAAGUCUCCUCAAGGUGCAGGCCUGAGAGGUUGCCCACUCUUUGAUCGUUUAAAAGCCAAUCAAUGAACUGGGACUCUACUGAAGGUACACACCCACCAGGAACACCUCAGCGCUGUAAUACUUUUACCCGUUUUUAGUCGAAUCACUUUAAGUGUUAUGUGACAUUUUCCAACAAGCAACACUUGCUGGAAAUGUUGAUUAAACACCCACAUUUUUAAAAAUUGCGACGUAUUACAGCCGCUGAGCCUUGCUGGUUGGUGAUGCUUUUACUGGGGUCUGUUUCCUGUGACUAAUGAAAAACUGGAUAUCCUUUGUACUUCUGUUUUGUUUUGUUCUUUUUAUGUUGGCUGUUUAAGCAGAUUGAGUGAUCUUUUUCCCCAUGCAAGGGUUAUUAGUAUAGGUCAGGUUAAUUCCCAUCAUUUUUACAGUCCAUUUCUUUGGACAGUCAUGCCUUUUCAGUUUAUAACAAUACUCCUUUAGAGUCACCUCUAAAGUCUGGGUGCUAAAGCAAAAUCACAUUUGUAGCAUUUUUGACUAGGGCCCAACCUUUUUUUUCUUUUUAUAUUCCUUGUUUUGAACGAAAAAGACACUCAACUGCAAUUCUGCAGGGAAAAAAGCUAUCUUACUAGAGAUAAUAAGCUGUAGUUAGUGAGUAUAGGUCAAUAUGAUAACCUCAAACUGAAGCAUAAUAAGAGACCAUGGCACACAGGCCCCUGGACUGUCAACUCUCGUACCUUUUUAUUGCGCUGUGCGCACAUGCACUAUGGGAGUUGAACAAGUCUGGGGCCCAGACACUCUAUCAUAGCAUUAUUUUGUACAAAUCCUUUUUGUUGCUGUUGAAAGAUGUAUGAAGAGCUGUUUGUAACCAAAGCAAAGUUUUGCUGUAUUCUUUUAUUUUUUCCUGGACAUCCUCUGUGUGAAUGGCGUUGUUGCCAUUGCCACUUUAACCUUGCCAGCCGAGUGAUGAUUGGGAUUGAGCUCCCUGGGUCAUUUUGAUCUGUUCCAUCAGAACUGUUAUUACUCCUCAGACUCAGCCUAUGUCACAGUGUUGCAGCUUCAACAUGCGGAAGAGGACCAGACGUAUACGUGGGACUGUUGAGUUUCACUUCCUUGUUUUGGUCCUGUUGACUGCAAACAUCUGUAAGCAAGCUUAAGGCAGAGCUGGGGAACGUCUUUGAAUCAAAGUGGCCCGGGGGUCUCAAGGUGAAGCAGAAGUCAGGCAUUUAUGUUUACAAAAUAGAACUUGAUGGGUGACCAUCUGAUUAUCAACAGGCCAUCUUUGCCUCUGCCCCUGUUAACACUCUUGCACUGCAAUCAGACUAGUUUUUAAAUGCGUUACAGACCAGGAUGCUAUUGUAAUGAUGGAGGCGUGAUCGACUAUCUCACUAUGGAUUCUCUAUUUUUGUGAUUCAAUCUUAUACUGAGGCUCUUAACUUUCCCUGUGCAGAAUUGGAGCUGCUAAUUGCUGGCCUAAUGACGACGAAACAAAGUAUGAAAGCUCGUUAGUGUGUUCAAGAGCCAUGUAAAUAAUGAAAUGUAUAAAGUACUUGUAGCAUAUGUACAUUUGCAGGCCAACUUUGAGGCCUGUCUGACAAAAGUAUUUUUAGUAAUAACACUGAAUGUAUAAGACAUGCUAAGGACAUGUCUUGACUUCAAUGUCUUGACUUCAAUACUGAAGAAUAUUUUUGUUAAAAAAAGUAAUGAUGCCUAUAGCAUUUUGUCAGUACCCUGCACUGUUAUCUUUCCAGAGAUCUUGCACAUGUUUUUUAUUGUUUUGUAUAAUGCAGUGUAGGGUGAAAGAUGCUAAAAGCUAAUUAAGUAAACUACAAAGUAUCAAUUCGAUCCUAAAGGAGACUUGCCAUUGUAUGAAUUUGCGUUCCGAACCUGCUUACGAUGCGUGAGCUUGAUGCUUAUUAUCUUGAGUUGACCUGUUUGUGCCUAAGUUUAAACCCAUGCCAAAACUGAAUUGUUUCAAUAAGGCGGCCACGCCACGAAUCGACCAAAUGUUUUAAUCAGAACCGCCUUCAGCCCUCAGCUGUUCUUCCGCCAGCUGACAACUGAACCCGGCCUCCUGUUGUUUAAGUACUAUCUUCUAUCGGUUGUUCAUGUAAACAUUUUUUUCUUUCUUGCCCUGGUUUGAGUCAUGCAUGGUAAAGUCUCCUUUAUUCUAAAUUCUGAAACCAAUUGGCUGUUAAUUUUGUCCCACUCAAGAAAUGUCACUGAAAAUGAAAUGAAAAUGCCCUGUUAAAAAUUUGGUAUGAAUUAGUGUUUGAAAAAAAAAAAGGAAAUGUGUAAGACCACACUCUGUGAAACGAAUUGAUGAAAAUUUUACAAAAAAGAAAAGAAAUAAAUCCCUUUCCCUCCCCCCUA